UAAACAUACCUUUCAGUUUUCAUAAAUGUUCUGUCUAUAAAAAUGCAGUCAUCACUUCCUUAAAUGGCAGGUAAUAUACAGUAUAUAUUACGUUUCUCCUUUGAAAUUAAUAAGGUAAGAGCCUUGCUUAAAUAUACAUAAAAAAAAGGUACAAAUAAUCACAAUUUUACUACUUUAAUUCAUCAUUUUCAUAUAAAUGUUCAAUGUGAUCUGUCCAGUUUCUCACAACCACCACUCACCACCCCAUUGUGGGUUUAGCCGAACCUACAAUGGGCUUGAAAAAGACGUUAGUCCACAGGAACAUACAAAAAAAACAACAAAAUUUUCGUCUUAUUUCCAAUAUUUGUCUUCGUUUUUAACUGAUGAAUAACAAUUCUCCAUUGAAAAAUUGAAUGUAACGUCAACAAUUUGUUAAUGUAAUAAUCGAAAAUGUUUGUUUUUCGUUAAUCAUUUUUCGAUAUGUUAAGUCCAUGAAUCACGAAAAAAACACUGGGAUUUGCUACUUGAAUCCAGAUACCAGUAGCAGCAGCAGCAUUAAUCUCAUGAAUAUCAUCAAGAGAUUAGUGAUUGUGGUUUCUUUGGCCUUUGCUGGUUAUCAUGGAUAUAGCUUCUUGAAGGCUUUUAUCGAAAACCAAGAUUAUAAAAAUUCAAUUAAAAAUAUCCAAAAUUGGUUUAGAAGAAAUCAUUCGAAAGAUGGAUUAACGGAGGAAUAUGCAGUAAUUGAAAUCAAAAAAAUUUACAGGGAUGGCUUCAAUCAGGAGGUAGAGAAAAGUUUCAUCAGGAAACCAUUAAACUGUAGUGAGAGAAAAAUAAUCACCUACGAAAAGACAGUAACAAAAUACCAAUAUUUAGAAUCCGAAUUGAAUUUUGUGAUCAAAGAUCAAUCGACAAUUCGUAGUUGUUUAGCUAGAAAAAUGUUGCAGAAAAGACGAAUUGAUUUUGAUGAGGAUGAGGAGGAGGCAAAAAGUCAGUUAUCAGUAGGCGAGAUAGCAACCGGAACAGAUGAUAAUUUGUUAAAUUAUGGAAAAGAAUCUGUAAGUGACAAUUCAAAUGAUUCGAGAAAGGAUCUUGAAAGCGCUUCUAACGAAUCUUUCGAAGCGAAAGUUGAAACAAGAUCCAUUUCUAUCGAACGAGAAGAUAUCAUGGAAGAUACUUGUACUCAGCUUGUGAAAGUCCCAAUUACUUACGUAGAAGGAGCAGACGAGGAAAUUGAUGCACAAGAAAUUUCAGAAAAUAAAGAAAACCAAGCAAUUUUAAAAGAGCAAAAGAUAAUUACGAGAGAAAAAUCGAAAGAAGCGAACAAUUUCGAAUUUGAAAUCAAAGAUGGCAGAAAGGGAGAUGAAUACGCUGUUAAAUUCAGGACAUUGGGCAGAUAUGACACCACGAUCGAAUCCAUAAUUUUAGAAAAAGAAAACAGAACUAAUGAAUUUCUGUUUAGGAUCCACAUGCAAAAUAAAGAUGAAAGCAAAAUGAGUGAAAAUCGUGGCAACAAUGACGAAGAAUACGAAAUUGAUAAUCGGAGGAAUCGAGAAAUCUACAAAAUUUUGGAUCCUGAAGCUAAAAUAAACUAUGAAUCGAAGCAGAGAUCAUCUCAUCAACAAGAUCUUCAAUUAGAUUUUGAAUUUCAGCAGAUUGAAGAAAUGAAUCCUGAUGAUAAACAAUCAGUGAAUGAAAACGAAACAUUGCAAAGAGAAGGAGGGCCCAUUAUUAAAACUAAUGCAUCGCUACAAGGCAUAGAAAACUAUUCUGAUUUAUCACAAAAUGAAGCGUGUGCCUUAAAAAUAAAAAUAUCUCAAGUGGAAACUAACUUAAAAGGGUUUAAAAUUAAUGAAGAUAAUAAACGUAAAUAAAUCAUUUGUAUUCGAGUGUAUGCAAAUUUUCAAAAUGUCUGUCUAUCGCGAUUUUCUCUGCAGAAACUAUUUGUAUUAAAAAUUGAGGCUUAUACUUUCAUGAUAAACAAUUAAGAACAAUUUAGUUUUUGUCUACAUUUACUUUAAAAUGGAGAUUAUAUAUGGUUAACUAACUUUUGGACUACUCUAUAUAUCGCGACCAGAAGGAAAUUCAAUAUUAAAUAUGGAGAACCUCAAAUAAAAAUUUGAUUUUUAAAAUUUUACAAACUAGAUUUAAUGAAUUAUAAGGAGAGAUUAAUGACUUUUUAAUAUGUACAAUUUGGAUGACCGAUGCUCUGUAGGGAAUUCAGGAUUGAAUCCGAGAGAGCAUUUCUCCAGAAAUUUGUCAAAGAAGCCCGGAUAAGUCAGGUCCAUUCCUGAACACUCGUCCUUCCCAUUUAGGUUUAACCUAAACAAAUGAUGGGCAUGGAAAGAAAGGGUCCCCCUUACUGCUUACGGGGUGGAAAGAAUGGAUUGGAAUGAUCUUAGUGAUGAAUAAAGCCACGCAACAGAGGCGAUUGAGGAGUGCCUUUCGGGAGGGUUUUCUAUAUGAAACUCGCCUCUAUUUAGGAUAGACAUGCCAUAAAAACAAGGAAAAUACCACGCGGCCAGACACGAAUAUAGAACCAGUGUUAAGUGACUGGAUGACCGAGCGGUUAAUGUGGCAGUCUACCGCUUUGGGAACCCCAGAAUCAGACCGGACGGGUCGAAAAACACCAGAAUUCCGAAAAAUUUUCUGGGCCGGUGAUGAGGAGGGUUCCAUUUCCCACCGGUCGCUCCAUUGUGGGCCUAUAAUGGGUUUGCUUAAAAAAAGGCCCUGUUAUUGCCCACAGG